UAAAUCAAUCGAUGACAGCGACGGGGCUGGUUUCUCUUUUCGCUGACGACAUUUUGUCAAUAAGUUGGAAUUAGAUUGUAAUUUUCAGUCUUUUAUUUAGUGAAUAGAGAUAAAAUAAGCCACGAAGAUGGCAGAAAAUGAACAGAAAGCUAUGCAGUUGAUGGCCGAAGCGGAAAAGAAGUUAAAUUCCUCUAAGACCUUCCUUGGAUCACUAUUCGGUGGUUCCUCAAAAGUAGAAGAUGCAGUGGACUGCUACCUCCGCGCUGGUAACCUCUUCAAAAUGGCCAAGAAGUGGGCCCAGGCAGGUCAAGCGUUCUGCAACGCAGCAAACCUUCACCUAAAGGCUGGAGUCCGCCACGAAGCAGCCACCAACUUUGUGGACGGUGCAAACUGUUACAAGAAAUGUGAUCCUAAUGAGGCAGUGUCCUGCCUACUGAAGGCUAUUGAGAUUUACACCGACAUGGGCCGGUUCACAGUCGCCGCUAAACAACACCAGGUCAUAGCCGAGCUGUACGAGACAGAUUGCGUUGAUCUCGCCAGAGCAAUGCAGCAUUACGAACAAGCUGCGGAUUACUUCCGCGGAGAGGAGUCAGUAGCCUCCGCCAACAAAUGCAUGUUGAAACUUGCCCAAUACGCGGCUCAGAUGGAGCAUUACGACAAGGCCAUACAGAUCUAUGAUCAGAUCUCAAAAUCGGCCGUAGAGAACUCCCUGCUAAAAUAUAGCGCCAAAGACUACAUGUUCCGAGCGGCGAUCUGUCACUUGUGCGUGGAUCUUCUGAACGCACAACAUGCCCUCGAGAAGUAUUGCAGUAUUUACCCGGCCUUCGCUGACACUAGGGAGUGCAAACUUAUCCGGGAUUUAAUCGAACACCUUGAAGAGCAAAACAUAGACGGAUUCACCGAGACCGUAAAGAAUUACGAUAGCAUAUCCCGACUGGACCAGUGGCACACGACCAUGCUAGUGCGCAUCAAGAAACAGAUCAGCGACAACGCCGAUCUACGUUGAAACAACCAACGCAUUUUGUCAAGUCAACGCUAUCAACGCCGCGUGAGUGUCUACACAUUUAUAUCCCUAUGGUUUUCUUGUUGAGCUCUUUUCUUGUUUAAAUUGAGAACUUCACGUUCGAAAUUUGUAAAAGCAAUAUCAUAUCGUUUCAAUAUAUUAAAAAAAAAAUGGACAAUUCAAUACAAAAUUCAGUGUUUUUUGUACUGAACUGUACAUUUAGAUAAUUUUUUUUUGCUAAUAAUUAAUUUGUUAAGAAUUUAUGAACAUCGUAGUAAUUAAUCUCAACACUAGAGUAAUUGGAAUAUCAAUUUCUGAGUUAGCAAUAUACAUUAAAAAGCUUGUUGGUCUAUAAUGUUGUAAUUUUUAAAUAUCAUUAUUUAUGGUAUUCUAUGAAAAUUUUAUGUAUAAUUGAUGAAAUUAUUAUGACAACAAAGUAUUGUGAUUGGAUCGAACAUCAAUGUCGCAUAAGUGAUUAAUGUGGGUUAAAAAUUGUUACUUUUUGUAAUUAUGAUUGUGUUUUAUAAUUUCUUUUGUUUAUAAUUUUACUGUCCAAAAGACACUAAUAUUUAGACAACGAACUUUUUGCAUUAAAGAUAAUCAUUUUUAGACCAUUAUCAAAACAUGGAGUUAACUGGUAGAGAAGAGACCUCUUACGAAAGGAGAGAAAGAUAAAAUUAUGAAUCGUAAUCUUUCUUUAAAUAAUGACAUCAAUUUAAUUUCCAUAAUUAUCUACUCUUCUUUUUUUUGUCUUUCUUAUGUAUAUAUAAUAAUAUCUUAUAAUAAAGGACGUUAUAAAAAUCCUCCCGAGGAAUGUUAAAUAACUUGGUACCUACAUAUUAACACGUCUAUAGCCCUUGCGGGUAGACAGAGCCAGCAGUCUUGUAAAGACUGAAAUGUCAUGUUAUGAACAAUCUUGUUUUAAGAAAUGAUAGAAGCCAUUUGUGCUCAAAUGUGGAUGAGAAUGUUGAAUGGCGGCGUUGGGCGGUUAAUUUUCUUAAUUAACUUUAGUAGAAUCAUUAUGCCUAUUUCGAUAUAAUGUUAGGCGCGUUUUACUUUGUUGCACUGUCGUCUACAAGUUAAUGUUAAGAUGUUCAAGUCGUUAUCCUAUAAUGUUGAUUGACAUAUAAGGAAGUAACGUUUUCAUAUUACUAUUAUAUAUUCACGACAAAUAAUUUGUCGUCUUCUAUUUGGGGUCUAUGGUCCACUUGAAACACUUUUUAUAAAACACUAGUAUAGACAAGAUACAGUACAUAUAUCAUGUGUUUAUCCCAUGCGGGAUAGUAUGUAGAGAUGAGAUUCAGAUAGGGACAAGACAUGACAUUAUACUAUUGUUAUAGGUGGGUUCAUUCACAAUAUUUAAAAUAGCAAAAUAUUUAGAUUUUUUAUACUAUUUGUUCAAAUCUGUACGAUUUCAUGUUCAAUGUAUGAAAAUAAACCACUUCAUACAUAUUCUUUUCAUAUAAGUACUGAUAAUUUUGACUUCAUAAUGUGGCGUCAGAUUAUCUUUUAAAAAAUCUUGGUCUUGCUGCAUUCAAGAGAAUAACAGAUACCAUCACUUUUAUUCAUUUCAUUCUCGACGUCAAACUGUUUUCUGAAUCCUCUUUCAUGAAUUAUUCCACGCCAUUAUUUGCUAUAUGAAUGGACUGGACAUUUAAUUUAAAGAGUCAUCUUUUUUACUUUAUAAAUUGAUCAUUGUAGUCUUAUUAACAUUGAGUUCCUUUAAAUAUAUGAAUGACGACAGUGUAACAUAGUAUUCUAGUAUUCAAGAUUAGGUCGUUUAAAUUUAGGCAUUAAUUUGGGUAUAAUCGACGUUUUUUAAUAAAUAGUAUCGGUACAUUACGACGUUAUGUUAAGUACACUAAUUUGAGUCCAAAGGUACUCCUAUUUAAUUUAUGUUCAUUGUUAUCACAAUGUAAACCGGUUCUGUACCCUUUUUGUAUCGUAUAUUUUAUUUUUAACCGUAUUUACUAAAAAACAAUUGAUAUAAAGUCCAAUCCCAAUAUGGCGGCGGACGCCAUUUUGUUUUUACGACAUUUCGUUGUACCAUGGAUUGGAUCUAUUCUCACUUAGAGUUAAAUAUUUAUAACAUUUAUUUUUGUUGUUGUAAAUAUUGUCUGUUUCGUUAUAAAUAAAUUUUAUAUUUAUA